UUGGAAUGUUUGUUUGAAUUAUGUCAAUUGGAGCUUAAAAUUGAUUUUUUCAUCCUGACAUGUGGCCACGCAUGACCGAUUUUUUCAACCUCACAACUGAACGUGUAAUUUAUUUGCUUUUAACCUUCGCGGCAAAAGAUGUUGGAAACUUCAAUAAUCGUGUUUCGAGGCUGUUUUGGUUUUGCCUUACUCCUAAUAGUUCUAAAUCCACCACAAACUCGGUCCGUUACGAUUACAACCAAACCGCGCAAUCCAACAGACGUUGUGGAAGGAUUGAACAGUGGAAGAGUUCUACUUGUUUGGAAAUUCACUCUUGAUUCUAGCGAAAAUUUGCAGAAAAUUACCAUCGGAAGAAGGAGACCCGAUGGAAAUCAAGUAACAACAAUAGCUACGAGACCGGACGCUAAUUCCUCUCUCAGUGUAGAUGGUAAAUUUAGAGUAUUCUACAAUGCAAAAUCUCCGGCAACUCUAGUCUUAAAAAACGUGAGAAGAACAGAUGAUUACGUAUACUGUCUUGAGAUAUUUUAUUCUGAUGGUAUUGGCAACGGACGGACGAAAACAGACGUUCGUGUUCGCGUGUUUGCCCCUCCAAGUAUUACCAACGCGCCUAUCGAGAGGGUACAUGUAGAGGCUGGAAAAGAUUUAACGCUAACAUGUAAUGCCUCCGGUGAUCCCCAACCAAACAUCACCUGGACCAAAGAUGGCGUCCCAAUGAGCUUCUCUAGUGACGCCUUUCAUCAGUUUCGUCUUACUGACGUACAGAGCGAGGAUUCAGGAUCGUACAAAUGUACAGCCAGUAACGGAUACGGCAGUGAUGCAACAACUGUUAGCAGAGUCGACGUAAAACUACCGCCGAGAAUAAUCCUUCCUUCAGUUAGAGAGGCAGAGAUCAAAAUUGGAGAUGAUUUCGUCUUGGUAUGCUACGCAUCUGGUGACCCAACACCCAACAUCAUUUGGACUAGAGAGGGUUUCUCAGCGAUUGAAUCUAUUGGUACCGGCAACUUUCUGCGACUUGUUAAUGUGAGCAGAAUCAGUGCAGGAUUAUACAGGUGUACAGCUGGUAAUGGAUAUGGAAACAAUGCUACCAGUCUCACCAUAGUCAGCAUUAUAUGUGGUGAAAAAUGUGAGCCUCGCAAAGUUGGACUAACGCUCACAAAUGAAACGUGGACGCAGUCUUUAUUAAACCGGGAUUCUAUUGAGUUCAAGACCUUAGAAUAUAACAUUUUGUCAGCAAUCUGGAAUGUUUACGCGCAACAGUCUGGAAAGGAGCUUUACAAGGUGAUAGUUGUGGAAUUUAGGCCUGGUAGUGUCGUUGCCAUUGUUAGGCUUAUGUUUGGAAAAGGGGCGAUUGAUCCUUUGAAACCAAUCCAAGAUGAAAUUUCGGAUGGAAGAUUGUCUUCUCUCAAAGUCAAUGCUGUAUUGGAUGUGAAUCCAAAGGAUCCAGCUACAACAACAAAAAAUCAGACGGAAACUUCGAAAGCAGGUUUCGAUUGGCUCAAGGAGGGAACCAUUCUUCAUGUUGUGUAUUCAAGUGUCAUUUUUGUCCUUUUGGUGAUUUUCUUUGUGGUCGUUAUCUUGCUAUGGAGGAGGCGUAAUAAUCCAGGUCCUUCGACUGAAAAUGCGAGUUGCCGUUAUCAUCGCAAAAAUGCUACGGAUAAUCAGGAUCAAGGGAACCCAGUUCAAGCCAGUGAAGCAUACGUGAAUAUCUCCGAACGUCUUAUUUUGAGCGAAGAGGAAACGGUAGUUAUUCAAUCGUCGCCAUCAAGUAACGCAGUACCAAGAAGAAGACAUCAAAUGGACUCUGAGUAUAUGUCCAUUAAGGGAAUAACAACAAAGUUCAAGAAAUGGGAAGUAAAACGGGAAAAUGUUCAAAUCUCGAGAGUUAUUGGAAAGGGUGCUUUCUGUCAGGUUGCUAAGGCAACUGUAUCAGAUAUUAAUGGAAUAAAGGGAGCAACAACUGUGGCAGUUAAAAUGCUGAAAGAAAAUGCCCCGGAUAAUGACAAGAAAGAUCUACUGUCAGAGCUGGAUUUGAUGAAGAAACUGAGGCCUCAUCCUCAUGUCAUUAAACUGAUGGGAUGCGUCACUAAAACUGAUCCUUUGCUUGUUCUGAUUGAAUACAUACCUUAUGGUGAUCUGUUGGGUUACCUAAGAAAGAGUCGCGGCCUCAAUGACACAUACUUUAAAGAUCCGGAUGUUAAACCUGAGACCAACCUAACCUCAGAGCAACUGAUACAAUUUGCCCUGCAGAUUGCUGAUGGAAUGAACUUCCUUUCUGCUAACAAGAUCAUCCACCGUGACUUAGCGGCCAGAAAUGUUCUUGUUGGGGAAGGAGAGAAAUGUAAGGUGACAGACUUUGGAAUGGCGAGGAAUGUUAACCAGGAUGAUAUCUACAACAAAACAAGUCGGGGCCGUCUGCCAGUAAAGUGGACCGCCUAUGAGGGUUUAGUUUAUGGAAAAUACACAACGCAAAGUGAUGUGUGGAGUUUCGGUGUUGUUCUGUACGAAAUAUUUACUGUAGGUGGAUCUCCUUACCCCGCGAUUACCGCUCGCGAAAUUGCAAAGAAACUUCAGCAAGGAUACAGAAUGCCAAAACCUAAACAUGUUGAUGAACAGCU